AUGGGCCUCUUCACGCUUGUCGAGGACAGGCCGACGCCGAAGGCGGUAUACAACUGGAGAGUAUGGGCCUGCGCGUCCAUCGCCUCCUUCGCAUCAUGCAUGAUUGGAUAUGACUCCGCCUUCAUUGGAACCACUCUGGCCCUGCCCUCCUUCACGGAAGAAUUCAGAUUCGAUGAGAUGACCGACAGCCACCUUGCUCUGACGAAAGCGAACAUCGUCUCCGUCUACCAAGCAGGUGCUUUCUUCGGCGCCCUUUCAGCUUACGUUUCGGCAUACUUUGUCGGCCGCAAGAAGUCGCUAUGGGUCUUUGUUGCCGUAUUCACCCUCGGUGCUGGUAUGAUGCUGGGCGCGAAUGGUGACCGAGGGCUCGGCCUUAUCUACGGCGGCAGAGUUCUAGCUGGCAUGGGAGUGGGCGGCUGCUCGAUGGUUGUCCCGAUUUACAUCUCUGAGAUCUCCCCACCAGCUGUGAGGGGUGCUUUGGUCGGCAUAUACGAGUUGGGAUGGCAGGUUGGUGGUCUUGUCGGUUUCUGGAUCAACUAUGGACUCGAUUCGACCAUGGCGCCAAGUCAUAAGCAAUGGAUCAUACCUUUUGCUGUCCAACUCAUCCCGGCUGGUCUCCUCUUUAUCGGCAGUUUUUGGAUUAGAGAGUCGCCCAGGUGGCUCAUGUCCAAGGGCAAGCGCGAUCGAGCAGUCAAGAACCUCUGCUGGAUACGGAACCUAUCUUCAGACGACAUAUACAUUGUGGAGGAGGUUGCUUUCCUCGACGCCGCCCUUGAGGAGCAAGCUGGAGCGAUUGGGAGCGGGUUCUGGAAACCGUUCAAGGCUGUGGGAAAGAGCAGGCAGGUGCAAUGGCGUCUCUUCUUGGGUACCAUGCUGUUCCUGUGGCAGAAUGGCAGCGGGAUCAACGCCAUCAACUACUACUCGCCCACUGUCUUUGCUUCCAUCGGCAUCACAGGCACCAACACCUCGUUCCUGACGACUGGUCUGUUUGGUGUGGUCAAGACAUGUCUCACCUUCGUCUGGCUGUUCGUCCUGAUCGACCGACUGGGACGGAGAAAGCUACUGAUGAUUGGGUCUGCUGGCGGUUCCGUUUGCAUGUGGAUCAUUGGCGGCUACCUUGCAUCCAUCAAGCUCAGGACCGACACAGACGUCAGCAAGCCUCUGAGCUCCGGCGGUAUCGCCGCAGUGUUCUUCUUCUAUCUCUGGACUGCCUUCUACACUCCUUCUUGGAAUGGUACACCCUGGGUCUUGAACUCCGAGAUGUUUGACCAGAGCGUCAGAGCCCUUGGACAAUGCUCGGCCGCCGCUUCGAACUGGUUCUGGAACUUCAUCAUCUCUCGCUUUACGCCGCAAAUGUUUUUGAACAUGGGCAAGAACGGAUGCGGUGUUUACUUCUUCUUCGCCUCGAUGAUGCUGGGAUCGAUUGUCUUCGUGUAUUUCCUAAUUCCAGAAACCAAAGGCAUCCCUCUGGAAUCCAUGGACCGACUGUUCGAAGUCAAGCCGGUCCGGAAGGCACAUUCCACGAUCCACGCGGAGGACGCUGCGAGAGACGAAGAGUUCAGACACGAUGCCGACGGUGCUGGCUUGAGCGUCACCAAGGAUAAGUCGGCGCACCUUGAAGAAAAAAGGAUGGAAGUAUGA